AUGCCUCGAACCAGUCUCGUGCAAGCCUCGAGGCUCGCCUCGCGCGCUCUCGCAAGGUCUCCCGCAACCCGUGCCGCUGCCGUCCGCGCCAUCCCUCCAGUCCUCCUCUCUCACAGCGCAGCGGCGCCCCCCGCCGCGCGACGGACCUUCACGCUCUCGACACAUCGCCGCAAGGGCAUCAUGCCCGACACCGAGUCCCCCGCCGCCAAGGAACCGCCCGCCUCCCCCGAGCCGACCUACGGCGCCGUCGAGCUCUCCGAGUCCGAAUACCACGAGAUUGCCGACGAGUUCCUCGAAGGCGUGCUCACCCAGUUUGAGGCGCUCCAGGACACCCGUGAAGACAUUGACAUUGAAUUCGCCUCCGGCGUCAUGACCAUCACGCACUCGGACAAGGGCACGUACGUCAUCAACAAGCAGCCCCCGAACAAGCAGCUGUGGCUGUCGUCGCCGCUCUCCGGGCCGAAGCGCUACGACUGGUGCGUCGUCGGCGAGGGCCAGGCCGACAAGGCGGGCACGGGGCAGGGCAGCUGGGUCUACGCCCGCGACGGCAGCAGCCUCGACGAGCUCAUCCGCGAGGAGCUGGGCGUGGACGUGUCGGCCGGCGCGGCGAGCUAG